AUCCUGUGCAGCGUUGGCACCCAGUGCCUCAUCUUUGGCUGGGGCAGAGCUGAGAACUGUGAGUGUCACCUGGAAUACAGGAGGAAGCAACUUUCAGGCCAGUGCUGGAGCUGAAAUGCACAAUUCUGUGAACCAGGAACAUACUGGAAGCCUUGCAUCAUAUUCAUACUAAGGAUUCAUUCCUCACUUUGCAGAGAUGAAAAAGUCUUGCCAGGGACGUUUGGACUAAAGAUCGAGACAGUUUGCAACUUGAUCCAACUUGUUUCCUCCUGCGGAGAUCAUGAAGUAUUAUCUCAUCUUUGCUCUCAUGACUACAGCUGUUGUUGCGGCCAAAGAUUCUCAAGAUGCCGAGUUGAAUAUAGCACACGAUUUUAGUGUUCCUUACAUGGUCUAUCUGCAGUCCAGCCCAGAACCUUGUGUGGGGGCUCUCAUUCACCCUCAGUGGGUUUUAACAGCUGCUCACUGCCCCUUACCUGUUAAAAUCCGGCUGGGAGUUCAUCAACCCAGCAUCCCAAGCAAGAAAGAGCAGGUACGGAAUUACUCAUUGACUGUGAUCCACCCUGAAUUCAAUGCGCAAUCUCUGAAAAAUGACCUGAGGAUGAUUAAACUGUCUAAGGCUGCCGCAAUCAACAAAAAUGUGGGAACUAUAGCCAUUGCCCUGGAACCCUUACCAUUUAAUGAUUCCUGCUUCAUUCCAACCUGGAGCUGGAAGGAAUACAAAAACCUUAGUGACCCUGACAUCCUGACGUGGAUAAAUCAACAUUCUCUUCCCUUCAGUGACUGCCUGGAUAUGCUCCAAGAACGAAUGACCACAAACAUUAUGUGUGUAGGGCAACAUCUAAAAACCACAUCUAAAAUUAAGGAAGUUUCAGGUACUCCAGCCAUCUGCAGUGGCAGGCUGUAUGGAGUCUUGUCCUGGGCAAAAGGAAGUGUCACCCUGGGAAGAGAAGGAUUCUUCACAGAAGUUCAUUACUAUGCAAGAUGGAUCAUGAAAGUCAUUGAUAACUACUGAGCCACCUCUGUUCCUCCACCCCUCAGUGCAAUCUCUUCCUGAUUUCCAUACUGGAUCCACAGUUCUUUAUCUUUCUUGUUCUUGAGCAGAAUCCAAAUAUAAAACAGUCAA